GAUUCCUUAAACUUGUUCGCGUUGCUGAUGGUCGCGUGUGAAAAAUACAAUAAAAUACAACACUGAAAAGCCAGGAUAAUCAAACGGACCAAGGGAAUAACACAGAAAUUAAACCAUAAAAAUACAAAACAAUUAAAACUCCAAGUCACCACCGUCAAAUUUCUACAACUAUUUUCUAAACACAAAACAAAAAGCUUUUCGCGUAUUUAAGAGAGUCUGAUUAAAGUGUGCAUGGCUGUGUGGCGGCUGAGACCAAACACACCUGUUGCUGCGAUGCAUUGACCGCGUUUCGCUUUUUGGCAAGGAAAACACUCAACAAAAAGGCAUUUUAGGCAAAAGGCGAUAAAUAUUGUGCGUCCGAAUGAAACUUCAAAUAUGAAUACAGGAGACCGUAAGGAGCAAGCCUCGUUAACACCGCAACAGCAACAAUCGCCGCAGCAGUCAGAGCAACAGCAACCAAUUACCCGACACGAUGCCUUGGAUAGUUCUAGUGCUAACAAUAAACUAAAUCAUAAACACAAUAACGAUAAGGAUAAGGAUACCACUAGCGAUAAGAGCUGGGAGACGGGCAGAGAUUUAUUGCCGGCCAGUGUUGUCAUCGUCGAUGAAUCAUGUGCCUCGAAAAGUCAGAAACAACCAAUCGAGUCGAGCAUUGUUUCGCGAGGUGGAGCCACCUCCUCAUCGCAACGUCGCCGGCAAUUGCAAUUCCAGCGACAAAAGGAGGCCAGACUUUAUGACCGAGGAGAUGGGGAUCGAGAACGGGAGCGAGAGCGGGAAGCCUCAACCUCGACCUCAACCUCGACCUCCGCCUCCACCACCACCACGAAUACUGUGAUGGGUGGAGGGGAGCUGGUGAACUGUAUAGCUUACGAUGACAACACCCUGGUUAUCGAGAGGAAACCCUCGCCCUCUUCCCCAUCCACCAGCCGGCGGUAUCUGAAGGCCGAAACGCCGACGCGUGGCAGUCGAAAGUACAACCGCAGGUCAUCGGCGAAAAGUGAUUUGGAAGUGGUCGUUGCCAAAGCGGAACACCAUCAUCAGCAUCGAUCGCCGACGGUAACGCUUCCGGUUCCAGCUUACCCACUAACCACAUCGGCAUCGGCAGGAUCCUCGCCCACGGGAGCGGGAUUGGGAUUGGGAGCCGGGCUGGGAACUGCCUCGGGAACAGUUCUGCAACAAAGGUACAUACAACUCCAGCUGGAGAACAAAAAGAAAUACAUUUUCCAUGCAAUGCAAGAGUUUGAUUACAUGGAAUCUAGGCGUUCUGGGGCAUACUGCAGUACACUCGAUCCAUCCGAGGAUCCGAAUCAGCCGAGCGGGACCAGGAGGCGACCCACCAGCACCGAGCUCGCCCUCAGCAACGUCACCAGUCAGAUUGUGAACAACGCCACCUACAAGCUAGACUUCAAGCAACGUCGUCACAAAAGCAACAACGGAGCCAGUGAGUCAGGAUCUCUAACUGGAAUAGCCCCAGGACCGGCGACAAGUCCCGGAGCAGUAGGGCCCUCCAGCUCCAGCGGCAAACGCCGCAAGUCCAGUUGCACAUCCUGCGGCGGAGGUGGCAUAAGUGCCCCGCCCCCAAGACUAACGCCCGAGGAGACGUGGCAACUACAACCGCAGAACAGUGUUACCAGUGCCGGCAGCACAAACAGUAGUUUUAGCAGCGGCGGCGGACGCGACGAUAAUAGUAGUUAUAGUGCCGUGGGUGGCGAUAGCAGCAGCAGCAAUAGUUGCAACUGCGAUAUCACCGGUGAUAACAGUACAUUGCAUGGUUUUGGGGUCGGCGACGUUUGUAGUUUUAUCGCCGAUUGUGACGACAAUAGCGAGGACGACGACGGCGAUCCGAACAACCAGGAUCUCAGCUCGCAAACCCUGCGCACAGCGGCCAUCGUAGCGGCAGUUGCGGCUGCAGCCAAGGAACAGGCCCAGGAACAAUCGCUCGCCGACUGCGAGAGCUUCAGCGAUCGGCGCCAGGAUGCCGAUGAGGAUGUCCGCAUCAUCCAGGAUAGCUGCGGCGGCAACAACGACUCUCUCGAAGACGUCGGUGAAGUGGACGACAACGCCGACGUUGUCGUGAGAAAGAACUCGAGAAAUCGGCCCUCCAUCAGAAGGACAUGCAGAAUAACCGAGGAGGACGACGACGACGAGAACGCGGACUACGGUGAUUUCGAUCGGGAGGAUCAAGAGCUAGACGACGAGGAGCCAGAGGGCACGACCAUCGACAUUGAUGAGCAGGAACAGCAGCAGGACCAAGAAGAUUCCGCUGAAGAGGAAGACGACGACGAGGACGUCGACGAGUACUUUGAGGAGGAGGAGGACGACACCCAGGCCUUUUCACCAUUCUACUCCAGUUCCGCGGAGCUAAUUGAUAAUUUUGGUGGCGGUGCGGGCAAGUUCUUCAACAUUAUGGACUUUGAACGUGGAGCCUCCGGCGCCGGAGGCUUUUCGCCAAACGGCAACGGCGGUCCCGGCAGCGGAGAUGUUUCACGGACGGCGAGAUACGAUUCCGGGGAGGGAGAUCUGGGCGGCGGCAACAAUAUCAUGGGCAUCGAUUCUAUGGGCAUUGCAAACAUUCCGGAAACCAUGAACGGCACCACAAUUGGACCAAGUGGAGCUGGUGGCCAAAAAGCUGGUGCUGCUGCAGGUGCCGCAGGCCAAAAGAGACAACAGCGCCGGGGAAAGCCGCAACCAGACAGACCACAACGAGCAUUAUUUUGCCUGAGCGUCAAAAAUCCCCUGCGAGCCUUGUGCAUUCGCAUCGUGGAGUGGAAACCAUUUGAGUUCCUCAUUUUGUUAACCAUUUUUGCCAACUGUAUUGCAUUGGCUGUUUACACCCCUUAUCCAGGAAGCGAUUCAAACGUGACGAAUCAAACCUUGGAAAAAGUUGAAUAUAUAUUCCUCGUUAUAUUCACAUCGGAAUGUGUUAUGAAAAUUUUAGCAUAUGGUUUUGUGUUACAUAAUGGUGCAUAUCUAAGAAAUGGAUGGAAUUUAUUAGAUUUUACAAUUGUAGUUAUAGGGGCAAUAAGCACUGCACUCUCCCAAUUGAUGAAGGACGCCUUUGAUGUGAAGGCCCUACGUGCCUUUCGAGUGCUACGUCCACUGCGACUUGUAUCGGGUGUACCAAGUCUACAGGUUGUGCUGAAUUCAAUUUUAAAGGCCAUGGUGCCACUGUUUCACAUUGCACUCCUGGUCCUAUUCGUAAUCAUAAUCUAUGCGAUCAUUGGCUUAGAGCUCUUCUCUGGCAAAUUGCACAAGGCGUGUCGCGAUGAGAUCACAGGUGAACACGAGGAAACCGUCCGCCCCUGCGGAGUGGGUUACCAGUGUCCGCCAGGCUAUAAGUGCUACGGCGGAUGGGAUGGACCAAACGACGGCAUCACCAACUUCGACAACUUUGGCCUGGCCAUGCUAACGGUGUUCCAGUGCGUCACUCUCGAGGGCUGGACUGAUGUCCUGUAUAGCAUCCAAGAUGCAAUGGGCAGCGAUUGGCAAUGGAUGUAUUUCAUUUCCAUGGUUAUCCUCGGUGCCUUCUUCGUGAUGAAUUUGAUUCUCGGUGUGUUGUCCGGUGAGUUCUCCAAGGAACGUAACAAGGCAAAAAACCGGGGUGACUUCCAGAAGCUGCGCGAGAAGCAGCAGAUCGAAGAGGAUUUGCGGGGCUAUCUCGAUUGGAUUACCCAAGCCGAGGACAUUGAACCAGACGCUGUGGGAGGCCUAAUAUCUGAUGGCAAAGGAAAGCAGCCCAACGAAAUGGAUUCCACCGAGAACCUGGGGGAGGAAAUGCCCGAAGUCCAAAUGACUGAAUCACGCUGGCGCAAAAUGAAGAAGGACUUCGAUCGAGUCAAUAGACGAAUGCGAAGGGCCUGUCGCAAGGCAGUCAAGUCACAGGCAUUCUACUGGCUCAUCAUUGUUUUGGUCUUUCUCAAUACUGGUGUCUUGGCCACGGAGCAUUAUGGGCAACUGGAUUGGCUGGAUAACUUCCAGGAGUACACAAACGUGUUCUUCAUCGGUCUGUUCACCUGUGAAAUGUUGUUGAAGAUGUACAGUUUGGGCUUUCAGGGCUACUUCGUUUCGCUGUUCAAUCGUUUUGAUUGUUUCGUGGUGAUUGGCAGUAUUACAGAAACCCUGUUAACAAACACGGGAAUGAUGCCUCCAUUGGGUGUCUCCGUGCUGCGAUGUGUACGUCUCCUGAGAGUCUUUAAAGUAACUAAGUACUGGCGGUCGCUCUCAAAUCUCGUUGCUUCCUUAUUGAACUCUAUACAAUCGAUCGCUUCACUUUUGUUACUGCUCUUCCUAUUUAUUGUGAUAUUUGCUCUGCUGGGCAUGCAAGUUUUUGGCGGUAAAUUUAAUUUUGAUGGCAAAGUAGAGAAGUCUCGAAUGAAUUUCGACUGCUUCUGGCAGGCUCUACUCACAGUCUUUCAGAUCAUGACUGGUGAGGAUUGGAAUGCUGUGAUGUAUACGGGCAUCAAUGCCUAUGGCGGUGUGUCCUCUUAUGGUGCCUUGGCCUGUAUUUACUUUAUUAUUUUGUUUAUUUGCGGUAACUACAUCCUGCUAAACGUGUUCUUGGCCAUUGCUGUGGAUAAUUUGGCCGAUGCCGACUCGCUAUCUGAGGUCGAAAAAGAAGAGGAACCCCACGAUGAAUCUGCUCAGAAGAAGUCACACAGUCCAACUCCAACAAUUGAUGGCAUGGAUGAUCAUCUCAGCAUAGAUAUCGAUAUGGAGCAACAGGAACUGGAUGACGAAGACAAAAUGGACCAUGAAACUCUAUCUGACGAGGAACACCGUGAAAUGUGCGAGGAGGAAGAGGAAGACUCCAAUUCCGAAGUAUCAGCACGUGUCACUGCACGACCCCGGCGAUUAUCCGAAGUCAGCAUGAAGAAGACUAAAAAGCCCAUUCCGCGAGGCAGUGCCUUUUUCAUUUUCAGUUACACGAACAGAUUUCGAGUCUUCUGCCAUUGGCUUUGCAAUCACAGCAAUUUCGGCAACGUAAUCCUGUGUUGCAUUAUGUUUUCAUCGGCUAUGUUGGCCGCAGAGAAUCCUCUGAAAGCCAAUGAUGACCUGAAUAAAGUGCUCAAUAAAUUUGAUUAUUUUUUCACGGCAGUUUUCACAAUAGAACUGAUUCUGAAAUUGAUUUCAUACGGCUUCGUAUUACACGACGGAGCCUUUUGCAGAUCCGCAUUUAAUCUAUUAGAUUUACUUGUGGUCUGCGUGUCAUUGAUUUCUCUAGUGUCCAGUUCGAAUGCGAUUUCAGUCGUGAAAAUUCUACGUGUGCUCCGUGUUUUAAGGCCACUAAGAGCCAUUAAUCGUGCCAAGGGACUGAAGCAUGUUGUUCAAUGUGUCAUAGUCGCUGUUAAGACUAUCGGAAAUAUUGUGCUCGUCACAUGCCUACUGCAGUUCAUGUUUGCCGUAAUAGGAGUCCAGUUGUUUAAGUAUGUGGUCAAGUGCGUUGUAGUCGCAAUCAAAACCAUUGGUAAUAUCAUGUUGGUGACAUAUUUGUUACAAUUUAUGUUCGCUGUUAUUGGAGUACAACUCUUUAAGGGAAAAUUUUUCAAGUGCAGUGAUGGUUCCAAAAUGACGGAAGCGGAAUGCUACGGAACUUAUCUAGUCUAUGAUGAUGGUGAUGUUCAUAAGCCGCGACUUAGGGAACGGGAAUGGAGUAACAAUCGGUUCCAUUUCGAUGAUGUGGCCAAGGGAAUGUUGACUUUGUUCACAGUGUCCACCUUUGAGGGUUGGCCAGGUUUGCUGUACGUUUCAAUUGAUUCGAAUAAGGAAAACGGCGGUCCAAUACACAACUUCCGUCCGAUCGUUGCUGCCUACUAUAUAAUCUACAUUAUUAUUAUUGCCUUCUUUAUGGUGAACAUAUUCGUUGGUUUCGUUAUCGUCACUUUCCAAAAUGAGGGUGAACAGGAAUAUAAGAAUUGUGAUCUGGAUAAAAAUCAACGCAAUUGCAUAGAAUUUGCCUUGAAAGCGAAACCCGUAAGACGAUAUAUACCAAAGCAUGGUAUACAAUAUAAGGUCUGGUGGUUUGUAACGUCAUCAUCCUUUGAGUACACAAUAUUCAUACUGAUCAUGAUAAACACGGUAACGCUGGCUAUGAAGUUUUAUAAUCAGCCGUUGUGGUACACGGAACUUUUAGAUGCCUUGAAUAUGAUAUUUACGGCGGUGUUUGCUUUGGAAUUUGUUUUUAAAUUAGCCGCAUUUCGAUUUAAGAACUACUUUGGAGAUGCCUGGAACGUCUUCGACUUUAUAAUCGUUUUAGGCAGUUUCAUUGACAUUGUCUACUCUGAGAUUAAGAGCAAGGAUACUUCUCAGAUAGCAGAAUGUGACAUUGUAGAGGGCUGCAAAUCUACUAAAAAAUCGGCUGGUUCAAAUUUAAUAUCCAUCAACUUCUUCCGAUUGUUUCGAGUGAUGCGACUUGUGAAACUUCUCAGCAAAGGCGAAGGCAUACGAACAUUACUGUGGACUUUUAUCAAAUCUUUCCAGGCACUACCUUAUGUAGCCCUGCUAAUUGUUCUUCUAUUUUUCAUUUAUGCGGUUGUGGGGAUGCAAGUUUUUGGCAAAAUUGCUUUAGAUGGUGGCAACGCCAUUACGGCUAAUAACAAUUUCCAAACCUUUCAGCAGGCUGUUUUAGUACUAUUCCGAUCGGCCACCGGAGAAGCUUGGCAGGAAAUCAUGAUGUCCUGCUCGGCCCAACCGGAUGUGAAGUGCGAUAUGGGUUCAGAUACGCCGGGAGAACCAUGCGGCUCCUCUAUAGCCUAUCCCUACUUUAUUUCCUUCUAUGUUCUCUGCUCGUUUUUGAUCAUCAAUCUCUUCGUGGCCGUCAUUAUGGACAAUUUUGACUAUCUGACGCGGGAUUGGUCCAUUUUGGGUCCCCAUCACCUGGAUGAGUUCAUUCGUCUUUGGAGCGAGUACGACCCGGAUGCCAAGGGGCGCAUCAAACACUUGGACGUGGUCACAUUGCUGAGAAAGAUCUCCCCACCACUUGGCUUCGGCAAACUGUGUCCGCAUAGAAUGGCCUGCAAACGGCUGGUUUCCAUGAACAUGCCCCUCAACUCAGAUGGAACGGUUCUCUUUAAUGCCACACUUUUUGCGGUCGUACGCACUUCGCUGAGCAUCAAAACGGACGGUAACAUCGAUGAUGCCAACUCCGAGCUGCGCGCCACGAUCAAGCAGAUCUGGAAGCGGACCAAUCCGAAGCUCCUGGAUCAGGUUGUUCCACCGCCGGGCAACGAUGACGAGGUGACCGUCGGCAAGUUCUACGCCACAUAUCUAAUUCAGGACUACUUCCGCCGCUUUAAAAAGCGCAAGGAACAGGAGGGCAAGGAGGGUCAUCCGGACAGCAAUACCGUCACUCUGCAGGCCGGCUUGCGAACCCUACACGAAGUGUCCCCAGCUCUCAAGAGAGCCAUCUCCGGUAAUCUCGACGAGCUGGACCAGGAGCCGGAGCCCAUGCAUCGACGCCACCAUACGCUCUUUGGCAGCGUGUGGUCAUCGAUCCGCCGACAUGGAAAUGGAACCUUCAGGCGAAGUGCCAAGGCCUCUGCUUCUCAGAGCAACGGAGCUCUGGCGAUCGGUGGAUCCGCGUCCGCAGCCUUGGGCGUGGGCGGUAGCUCGCUGAUGCUAGGGAGCGCCGAUCCCGCUGGCGGGGACUAUCUGUAUGACACCUUGAACCGCAGCGUGGCCGAUGGAGUGAACAAUAUAACGCGGAACAUAAUGCAGGCCCGAUUGGCGGCAGCCGGAAAGCUACAGGACGAACUGCAGGGGACAGGCAGUGGCGGAGAGCUAAGGACAUUCGGCGAGAGCAUAUCCAUGCGACCGCUGGCCAAAAAUGGAGGUGGAGCGGCCACUGUGGCCGGAACACUGCCGCCUGAGGCAAAUGCCAUUAACUAUGACAACCGCAAUCGUGGUAUUUUAUUGCAUCCAUAUAACAAUGUCUACGCACCCAAUGGUGCUCUUCCUGGCCACGAGCGCAUGAUCCAAUCGACACCAGCUAGUCCCUACGAUCAGCGUCGUUUACCAACUUCAUCUGAUAUGAACGGCCUAGCCGAAUCAUUGAUUGGAGGGGUACUCGCCGCUGAGGGAUUGGGUAAAUACUGCGACUCCGAGUUCGUGGGGACUGCUGCAAGGGAGAUGCAGGAGGCGCUGGACAUGACGCCCGAGGAAAUGAACCUGGCCGCCCACCAGAUCCUCUCGAACGAGCACUCGCUGAGCCUAAUCGGCAGUAGCAAUGGGAGCAUCUUCGGAGGAUCCGCCGGUGGCCUUGGAGGGGCUGGAUCUGGAGGUGUGGGUGUGGGUGGGUUGGGCGGUAGCAGCAGCAUUCGAAACGCCUUCGGCGGAAGCGGAAGUGGCCCGUCCUCGGUGUCGCCGCAACAUCAGCCUUACUCGGGCACUCUGAACUCACCACCGAUUCCGGAUAAUCGUCUGAGACGUGUUGCCACAGUCACGACCACAAACAAUAACAAUAAGUCCCAAGUUAGCCAAAAGAAUUCGAGUAGCCUAAAUGUUAGAGCUAAUGUCAAUAGCCAAAUGAACAUGUCACCAACUGUACAACGAGUGCAGCAACAAUCUCCGCAAAGGGGACAGGGUAAUCAGACCUACUCCUCAUAGCACCCACAUUGUAAACUAUACAUACAGAAUGUCUUCUUGAUGGAACUUUAAGUGUGCAUUCAGCGAAGGCUGAAGUUUAUUGGCUAAUUUAUUUGUUAUGCGAAAAAAAACACAUUAGUCUUAGCAUCGGGAAUUGUUAUAUUUGAAUUGUUUACACAAGUGGAAAUAAAACCAACAAAUCGUGUAUAACUUGUAUAAAGAAAAUCUGCUAAUUGUAUAUGUAUAAA